GUACGCGCUGCUUACAACAAUUGCGUUACUGCAAUUGACGUUCGUCCUUAUUCUCACAUAUUUUACUCGAUGAACUUGGAUGUAAUGGUUAAAUAUGACUUCUGGAGCUGAUGAUUGCCCAUUUACAAAUCAUGCUCUUCGUCAUACAUCGUUAUUUCCUGUGGAAUUUAUUGAAUUGGAAUAAAACCUAAUUUUCACUGCUAAACUCAUGGAUUGAACAAUAUUUCAUAAUUUAGCUCGUACUUUGUUCAAGUAAAUAAAACAUCAGCCAUAGCCUUUUCAAAUCAUGGAAGUGACAUCUAUAAGAAAUCAAUUGAUGCUACUUCUUGACAAUCUCAAGAAUAUUCAGCCAAGUGAAAGAGAUAAUUUAAUAAAAUAUAUGAAAACAACCUUAUCACAGCUGCAAGAGAAUGAUGGAAAAGAUAAAAAUAACAACGCUAAUGACACCGAUCAUGAUUGUAGUAGUACUGUCGAUGGUACUCCUCGCAGUAGGAGAAGUAUGCCCUCUCCAACAUAUCAGAUGAAAACAGAAUCUUCAGAUCUGUCUGAUUUCAUGGAUACAAAUUUAAACUAUUUACAGUUAUCAGCUGAUAUGGUACCAGAGGCUGAAGCAGUUGAAGAAGUGAAUGAUUUCUCUGAGUUAACAACAUCAGUAAACCAUGAUACCAGUAUAGAUAGCCAUGAUUUUCCAGAAGUAAUCGAUGUUCACGAAUUUCUUUCGAUAACCGAUGCUGCAGCAUUAAACUGUUCUGAUCCAACGGGUGAAUUAAACCUCAAUGAAGCGUUCCAAGAAGAUCCUCACCUCUUGGACAAUACUUCAUCGAACACUUCACAUCAGUCGCCACCACCAUCGUCGUCAUCUAGCGGAGAGCAUCAAUUAGUGACUCAUCAUGAAACUUAUUUAAAUUGUCCACUGUGUCGUGUUAAUUUUGACAAUUGGCCAAAUUUAGAAAAUCAUUUAUUUACUAAUCAUAAUACUUAUAGUGUGGCGCCUGUUUGUUGGCGAUGUCAAGGUGUAUUUAAAAAUCAUGCUGUCCUCCUGGCACAUGAAUGCUUUGAUUGGGGUCGAUUGUAUUUACCCUGUCGUGUAUUUAUGAAUAAUAAUAACAAUAAAAACAAUAAUAAUGAAAAGAAUAAGUGGGGAAAAUUUCAUAAAUUUUCUAAAGAAGAAUUAGAACGAAAACAAUUUCCUAUGGAUGGUGUUUUUCUCAGUAGACGAUGUGGUUUGUGCUAUAAAUCUGGUGUCACUUAUACAUCCUAUGAAGAAUUUGAAAAGCAUAAGUCAUUAUCGCAUUCUGUUCACGGUGUAGACAGUGGAUUUGAACCACCCUCACUAUCAUCUCGUCUUCAAUCGUCAACAUCUUCAGUGACGCGUAAAAAGAGAACUCCACUAAAACCUAAAGUAUCAUCAAAUAUUCAUCCUUGUUCAGAUGCUGCAGUACGUAGUGUAGUACGUAAUUUAACUGAACGUUUUUAUAUGUUAAAAAAUCAAAAAGACCGAGAAAAACAACGUGCAAAUCGUCGUAGAAAAUCAAAUCUACGGAAUCGUUUAAUGAAGAAGGCGAAUACUUCUGCUGGUGGUGUUGUACUCUCAAAGAGAAAUAGGCAUACAGAUGUUCUUCACCCGUCUGAAGCAUCUCUAACAAUUCCCAUCACAAUGACAUGUAAUAAUGACAGUGCCGAUGCAUCUGAGGACACCAAUACUACUGUGAGGACGAAUAAUCCUGAUAGUACUACUACUGUUACUACGACUAGUGAUACAAAUCUUGUUGACACCGAUACAGUGGAAACAAUCAUCUCACCGACAAUGAAUAAUCUUGAAGAAGGUGAAAAAUCGCCGAAUUAUUGUCCAUCGACAUUUUUAACAAGUUUACUGGCCGCUCAACGUGCUAAACGUAAUUUAACGUUAAAAAAUAAACGUUCAUGUCAACAACGAGAAGUUUCCUCUGCUUGUAGUCCAAACAAUGAUGCAAAUGCGAAAGCAUCGACGUUCUCUUGUGAAAUUCCUUCUUGUUCUCCGUCUUUAUCUACUUCUCCUUCUCCGUCGAUUGGCAGCAGUAAUACAUCAGAAUAUAAUAUAGAAAAUAUGAAUAUUCGAAGGAAUUAUUGGUUGUUACGUCAGAAUGGUGGUCGGAAAACCACUAGUACUGCUAAUAAUAAUUCGAAUAACACUAGUAGACGUUUAAGACUACAAUUCAAACGUAAAUCUUAUGCUGAUUUCCAGAAAAAGAUGCCUACAACUUCGUUCACCGAUAAUUAUAGAGUGAAUCCAAUGAAAAUUAAACGAUUUAUAUGUCAGUGUUGUUCAGCUGUGUUUCGAUUGUCAUCUAGAUUACGAGUGCAUUACUUAUUUCAACAUGGUCAUAUACCAGAAAGUUUAGGUGGGCUAUCUCCACGACCGAAUGAAACUGUGAUCAAUUGUGAAUGGAAUCAAUCCUCCCAGGAGAAUAUUAAUGAUAAAAGCGAACGUACUUCUGCUACUUCCAAUAAUAAUAUUGAUAAUAACGCUACUGACAAUAAAAGCGAGUCUAAUCAAUUAUUAACGCAAGAUAAUAUGAACAGAGGUACUACUACUACUACUACCUUAGAGGCUGCUGUCACUGGUCAUACUACUCUUGCAUCAUCGCAAUCAUCAUCAUCGUCCAAUGUGCUAAAUGAAUCAAAAGGGAACUCCAUAUAUUUGAAUACAAGAAAUAGGAAACGUAAAGCGGUUAACGAGAACAGUAUUAUUGAUAGUACUGAUUCUACAGAUUGUACUACUACUACAGUUCGAAGCUGUCGACCUACAAAGAAAUCAGUCAAGGAUAUAACUAAUCAAAAUGGUCGUAAAAGCAGAUCUACAGAUGUGUUUUCACAAGAUUUAACAACUGACAACAAUGAAAUCGACCAAAUGAUAUCAGAUGAAAAUUUACCCUUAAAACGUCAUUAUUGUCCAGAAUGUGAUUUAACUUUUGCAAAAUCAUUUAAUUUAAAACGUCAUGAAAGUAUUAUACACCGUCGUGAAUAUCGUUAUUUCUGUGGUUAUUGUGAAUUUCGUACUGGACAGCAGUUAGCCUAUGAAGAACAUUUAGCAAGACAUUUCAAUGUUAAACAGUUUGUUUGUGAAAUUUGUAAUUCACGUUUUACUAGUAAACGUGAAUUAGACGACCAUGUUUCAUUUAAACAUUCAACUGAACGCAAUUUUGUCUGUUCAGAAUGUGAUCAAAGAUUUAAGACUUCUGGUACCCUCUGGAGACAUAAAAAAACACACGAGAAACGUGUUUAUCAUAUCUGUUCAAUAUGUUCAGCUUCAUUCACCCGUCUAUCGAAUUUGAAUCGUCAUUAUCGUCGUACGCAUAAACGUCAACAAAAAGUAUCAAAUAGUCAGACAAAUGAGACAGAAAUAUCAGUAGCAUCGAAGAAUUCCAGGCGAUCGUCAAAAAAUCGUCGGACAAAAGUUUCGUCAACAACAUCAGCAGUCAAUGAAAAACCGUCACGCAGGAAAAAUUCAACAAAUACUCGUACUUGUAUUAUCAAUGAUAAUAAAAGUCGAAACACUGUUAUGCCUAUUGAUGAAGACGAUUCAACAAGUGUACUCAAUACUGUAGUACAUGAAGAUAUAUCGUAUGAACAGACUAUUGCAGAGGUGAUUCCUGUGGAGAUUACACCACAAAUUCCCAGUGAUAAUUGUUCGUCAAGUCAUCAAACAUUGGCAGAUAUCUUCCAAGAUCCUCAUCAUGAUCAUGAUCAUGAUCAUGCAAGCCUUUCAGAACUGAUCGAUAUGACUGAAGCUGAUCUCAGUGAUAACGUUGUAUUGAUAGAUCAUCAGUCAGUUGCGGUUUCGUGUUCAGCCGCAGCGUCCUCGACGUCGUCAACACUAUCUGUGGCAACAACGUCAGCGACUGUUUUAACAUCGUCAUCAUCAUCGACAACAGAAUGUUCGCUUUUGUCAGCUAGCAAUAUCACCGCUUAUCAAACAGUCAAUAUCCCAGAUAACACUGCUGUAUACAUGUUGAAUUUUACCGAUUUAAAUAAUGCUGCCGGUGGACAUGCAUUCUAUGAAUCAACUUGUACAAAUUUAAUUCAUGAAAAUAGUGGUGAUGCCUCACAUCAUCAUACAAUGAUGAUAUCAGUACCCGAUUCUGUGUAUCAUCAUCAUCAUCAAGCAGCAGGAUUUGUCGAUGGACCGUCAGCACCCCCUUCUUCUUCAUCAGCAUCAGUUGGAACAAUCGGUUCUUUACCUUCAUCAUCAUCAUCAUCAGCGACAGUAUCCGGUGGAACGAUAUCAAUACACCCGAAUUUUUUACUCCCCAUUCAACUGACAACUACAUCACCCUAUUCAUCGAAAUCAUCGACUCUGCUUAACAGUAGUAAUGAUAAUAAUAAUAAUAAUUGUAAUACUGCUGACGAUAAUGGCGGUGGAGUCAUUGGUGGUCAUGAUGUUACUGUUUCAUCGGAUAACAGUCAUCAGCAACAGCAGCUUCCAUGGUCCACUGUUAUCUCAUGUCAUCCAGAGCCUAGUCUAUGCUAUUUGAUUACAGCAACAGAACCUCUUGACAGUGAUAUUUCAUUUGAUGUCGAUGAAGAGGCUACUACGGCCACUAGUACUAUUACUACUACUACUGGUAAUAAUAAUAUUUAUACGAAUAGUAAUACUACUAGUGAUUCAAACCCUACUAGUACACUCACUGUUACAACUACUAAUCACAGUAGUAAUGAAGAAGGAGAUGAUGAAGGAGUUAUCAGCAAUGUAAACACACCAUCAUCAGAUAUAAUUGUACACAAACAAUCAUUCGCCUCAGUGGAUAUUUUAAAUUCCAUACAACCUGAUGUUCAUUCUAUUAAUAAUCUACAUGAAACGGAUUACAAGUCUCCAGAAAUUGUAUUCAAUGAAAAUUGUCUAUUUUAUGAAUCAUAUCCGUCAACAACAACAAUAGCAACAACAACAACAACAACGAUGGAAUCGUCAUUGUCACGAUCAUCAUCUGCAGUGUCAUCGUCGUCGACUGCAUUGCAUUUUUCAACUGCCACAACAAUAUGGCGUCCAAUUGAUGAUUCAAUUGGUCUAGACAGUGUUGUUGAGCAACAUCAUGAGCAACAACAACAGCAACAACGAAGUUGUCAUCAUACUUAUCAGUUUCCUGUUGUUCCACAUUGUUCUACUGUUGCAUCUACUGUGACGAUUACGAGUACAACUACGUCUGCAGCUGAUGAGACAUUGAUUCCUUUUUCUAACGCGAACUGUCGUCAUCAGAUGCAUCAGUUAUUCCCUGUUGUUAUAUCAGAGUCAUUGUCGCGUAAUGAUGAAUUUAUCACGCAGAGUAUUGGAGGUAAUAGUGGGAGCGUUAUUGCUGCUGGUGAUGAUAGUGAUAGACUGGUAGAGCAUAUCAUUGCUUCUAAUCAGCAGCAUACUUCAGUGAACCCAACAGAUCUAUUGGAGGAUACAAAUAUGAUGAUAUCAUGGAAUCCAACAAGUACCAUUACUACCACUACUACUAUUAAUAAUAACAAUAAUAAUAACAGUAAUAAUAGUAGUAACAUAAAUACAGAAUUUUAUCAUUAUCAACAUUGCUCGCCGAAAUUCCCUUCACCAGAUCCUAAUCAUCUGUCUAGUUCACCAAUUCUUUCUGGUAAUCAAUAUCAUCAUCAUCAUGAGUAUGACUUGAAGAAUUUCUCUUCUCAAGCACCAGCAGCAACAACAUCCUCCUCCGCCUCUUCAAAUCAUCAGUGUAUAUCAAAUCCGAUAACAAGUUUAAUUGAAGCGUCAGGAUCAUGUUCAUCUUCAUCGUCUGACAGUAAUUCCAAUGAUUCUACAAACUUUUUCGAACAAUUCUAUGAACAUCCUAGUAAUACACCCUCAAUGAAUGUGAUUAGCCAUCAGCUUACUUCUGGAGAUAAUUAUAAUCUUCUAAAUAAUAAUAAUAGUAUUUGUAGUAUCUCUAAUCUAAUGAAUGAGGCAAACACGUGUUAUGAUGCUACAACACACUCGCAGUUACCUGAUGAUUAUCAAGUGAUUACAGAUAAUUCUACUGAUGAACAGUGUUCAAAUUUUUCAGUUGGUUAUCUAAUUGGACAUUCUUCUAUGCCUCCUCCUCCUCCUCCUUCUUCAUCAUCAUCAGUUACUUCGUCGUCAUCGCCAUCUUCGUCGUUGGUGGCGUCAUCAUCAACUGCAGUAGCACCAGCAGCUGCGGCGGUGUUGUCACCUACUGAUGGUUUGGGUACAGUUAUUAAUUAUUUUGACAAUUCUUUUAAUCAUCCACUUCAUUGUCUUUCGUCUAAUCAACACCAGCAGCCACAUCAGCAACAACAACGGGGCGAUGCUAGAUCAUUGUGUCAGUUAAAUUUUAAAAGUGAUUCUAUUGACUAUGAUUUUCUUUAA